AUGACAGAUCAAAAGGUUAUUGCAUCUUACCUCUGCAUGCCAACCAAGUUUCAUGUACAUGGAAUAUGGCCUUCCAACUUCUCCGAUAUAGAAGUCACUUGUGGUCAAGCACUGACGAAUAACCCCUUUGAUAAGGCGCAGAUGACACCUCUGCAGACGGAUUUAGUAAACUCAUGGCCAUCCGUGUUAAUAACAAAGAGCAAUAUGUGGUUUUGGGAGCAUGAGUACGAGAACCAUGGCGCAUGUACAGUAGAGUCAGGUGUACCACAAUUCACUCAAAAGUCCUACUUUGAGAAAGGACACCAGCUAUGGAACCAAUAUGACAUCCAUUCAGUGCUUGAUCAAAGUGGUAUUAAACCAAGUACUGCAAAAUCAUACACUAUGACUCAGCUUAGUCAGCAAGGCUCUCAAGGAGCCGAAUCGCACCGCAAGAACAUCAAGCACAGCCUCAUCGAGAUCGCCGAGAUCAUGAAGACCAGAUCGAUGGCGAAGGAUCUGAGCGGGAUUGUGAAGGAGAAUCGGCAAGGACCCCAAGGUUAUUCAGGAAUGGAUGAGUUUGUUCAUGAUCUGGUAGUGAAUAAUCCGAUAGAGAAGGCUUAA